GUAAUCUAACGAUGGAUGUGUUGUAUGGGCAAACAACAAUGCUGCCCCCAUGCCCCAAACUCACCACAAUCACCCCCCCCCCUUCUCUCCAGAAUGGGUCACUCAUAAGUUAGCCUUUGGGGCUACCAUUGCUCAGAUUUGGCAAGAGAGAAACAACAGGAUCCUUAGCAAAAAAUUUCAUUUCUUUCUUCUUUUCCCUUUCUUGGGGAGGAGGAGAAAGAGGGUUUUCACUUUUCACCAGAACUAGAACGAAGAAAUUAAGGGUUUAUGGGAGAAUGUUUCUGUAUGUUUUCCUUACCUCACUUGCCAUUUCUGCUGAAACUUGGAGGGGGCAUCGACCUAUAGAUGCUGAAGCAAACCGCAACCAUGGAAGCCAUUUCUACUAAAACUUGAAAGGGGCAUCGACCUAGAGAUGCUGAAGCAAACCGCAACCAUGGAAGCCAUACUGAAGAAUUGGGCUUCCCCCUUGAUCGGUCCCACUUCUUUCUCUGUUCCUGCAAUUCCAUGCUUCUUUGCUAGAGCGAUAAACGCCUAAAACCCUUUAGAUAAACCUUCGACAUGAAUCCCAACCCACCUCGAGGAAAUGAAGUAUUCUCCUAAUUUUCUAUUCAAUUUAAAUGAAAUAUUGUAUCUGAUAAGGGACUGGUCCAAAAUUUACCAAACUACAGUAAAGCGUAGGCAGGAAUAACGACUUGGGAGCCUACUACUACUUCGGUUCUUACAGAGUCCAGUACCUCUCUAAUGGUGGCUACUUCGGAGGAGCGACCGAGCAAAGAGGAGAGGAAAAAUGGAUAAUCGAGAUUCUGGUUCUGAUCAGAGUAUUUCAGGUAACUCUAACAGAUUACGAUGAAGACUUCGACCGUGGAUCCCUAUGUGAACCCAGAAGGAAGCAGGAGAACACUAUGGGCUCAAAAGUUCCUAUCAUUUCUGGGGGCGUCAAGUUCAAAAAUGAUCAUCUGCAUGGCUUAGAGAUUGAAAACCAAGAUGAAACAUGCUCGUGGUCCUCAGUUCUUAAGGAAACCGAGAAAUUAGUAUUUUCACAUGAAAACACUGGAAGUUCCUCAUCCUAUAUGGCUCAUUCUGAUGUAAGGAAAAUAUCAAAAGCUGUUUCAAGAAGCCGAGGCAAAACAAAGCCCAAGUUUUCUUUUCGUUACCACUCACAUAUGGAAGAAACAUACUUGCCUUGUAUAGUGAAAGAUGAAUGUGACAAAUCAUCCAUGGUUUCUCAGCUACCUGUGGGACUAGUAACUCUUGAGCACAAAGCUAUAGACCACUCAAUGACAGAGCUCUUGGAGAAUCUUCGGGAGAAAAAUAAAAAACAGUCUGAUGUUCAUAAGCCGGCUAAAUCAUUAGAUGUUGGGAACAGACAUUUGAAGCAUUCAAUGGCCGAACUUCUUGAAGGUCUUCAGGACAAGAAUGGUCAUGCAACUGGGACCUCAAAGAAUAGUAAGACAAAAGGAAGGAGAUUAGAGCUCAGCACAAGGAGAAAUAUAUCAACCUUGUGUAAUAGAACCCUUGACUAUGAAGACUUCCCUGAGACAAUUGGUAGUGGAACAUCAAGUGAGGAUGAGACCAAUGAUCAAAACCAGGCAAAACUUGUGACCCGUGAAAUGAGGGUGCGCACUAUGGCAGAUCAAUUCCAGGAAGCUUUAAGUUCUGCAGCUGCAAAUAAGCGGGAGAUCCUCUUCACAACAUCUAAAGAGGCAGGAACUGGAUACCAUGGAAGGUUGCUUCAAGUUAUGCAGACUGAAAAGGAAAGGCAUGUGGAGUUUUGGAAACAGUUACAGACUGGAGCCCAUUCACCCAACAAAGAGAGAUGCAUUGAUGUAAAAAUAUUGUCACGGUGCUUGGAUGCGAAGUUGACAGUUUGUCAUUGUUUCCUUGGUGAAAACACUGAGAUAAACAAAUUCACAGAGAACCCCCAAAAGAUUAUGGAAAAAGUAAGAAGGGAAAAGACAAUCAUCUUCAGCCCGACCGUAUGUGGCAAUGUGGAGCUCGAGGCGGGAAACCUGAUACGCGUUCACCCUCCAUGGAAGGAGGUAGAUGUCAUGGGGAAUGAUGAAAGCAUUAUUUUAUGCACAUAUUUCUCCAAGAUUUCCACAUGAACACCAUUUUUUCUUCCUUCCCAAAAGAAGCUUCUCUGUUCUCUUUCAUUAGUAUGCAGUUGGGGUUUGAUUAAAUGAGACAUGGGAGCUGUUUUCUUGCAAGAAACGAAUCGCAGGAAAUUGGGGAAAUUUGUAUUUCAAGAAUUUAUUGUAUCCAUUAUAUGGAAGUUGAAUUUUUCUGCGUAGAGAACUUGGUUUGGUGCAGUCACACAAUCUGUUGGCGGGAAAAGGUAAAGAAACCAAAAAGAUGGCUAUACAGAACUACUCAGUUCAAAUGACUGCAGAUGCUACAGUGUUUGUACAAGUGAUCCCUCAUCUCAACUCUGCACUGUCAUCUUAGCCAGUUCAGGAAGCUGAUCCGCAAACAGAUAAUUAGGCUCCAAGCCAAGGAGCACACCAAACAAGCUCCAUUUCUAAUUGUCUGUCCAUUCAGCCACCUUAUUACCCCCAGCUCUGGUCACAAGCUCCUGUUACAGAGGUUGGGAAGGUCUCAGGAAUUGGAAAGCCUAUAUAAGACAGCAAUACAAGUUUCUUAGCCUUUGUUGGACCGAUAUGAAGCAUGCUGAACUAAGUAGUUCUUGGGCUUGUAUUCAAAGAUGUUGAUGUGGUUGCACUGUUCUAAGAAUCAACUGGAUUCGAUUCUCGAUUC